AAUUAUUAGAUAAAUAUAUUUAAUUAUGGACUCUACUCAAAAAAUCCAAUUUGACGAAAACCUCUCAGAUGAUCUUCUCAAUGAGAAGGUCACUACUUGUUGAAUCCGGAGUUCAGCAAAGAUUCUUAUUAAUAUGAGUCAGAACUCAUUAACCAACAAGAAAAUUAGAAAAAAUUCUUACAUGAAUGAUAACGCAUUAGUUCAUUUCCAAGAGGGAGAGAAAGAACUUGAAGAGCCACCUCGGCUCGGGUUAAAUAAACAAAAGCUUGUCUCAUCGGAGAACGAAAGAAGAGUAAAAAAUGCUGUGUUCCAAGCUAGUUAUAAAAAAUCGAGCACAUCUCUGAAGCAAGAGAUUAGUAACCUCUUAAAAUAUGCAGCUCAGAUAAGAAAUAAAAAGAUGCUGAAGAGCUGUGAUAGCCAGGAAGCUUUCAGAGCAUAUUCAAAGAACACCGUUGAAGACCUUCCCUUGCACAAACGUAUAGUGAGGAAGGAUUCAGAGCCCUCCUAGUGGAGUAAUUAUAAAACUUAUCUCUUAAAGUACUUAUG